UAUUUAAUUUGACAUUCUUGUUAAUUGGCAUUGAUCAAAAUACCGAAAAGUUCUGAAUAAUUCUUUACACUAAGGACUUUGCCAAUAACAUUUACGUAUCACUAUGAACUUGUCUAAAAUGUACGCAAUGGAAUCAGGGUCUAGUGAAAUGACUGAUCAUUCAAGUAAAAACUAUAUGAAGGUGGUUUCUGAGCCCGUAUUACUACAUGAUGGAUUUGAAAGUGAGACUAAAUUGAAGACGCAAAUAUCUGCACCGUCUUACUUCCAUUCUCUAAGCGAGAAUGAAUCACCACCGUUUAUGAUGCCAGAAGAAGAAGACAGGCCUCACAUCCUGAUUGACACGCUGGUCACUGAAGAUGAUGUUAUCAGGAUGAUCGCGGUCUCACAAAUGGAAUCUAAGUCUACGUUUAAAAAGCAUUUAGCUGACUACUUAGGAGAUAAGAAUAUAAUUCAAAACUUCGAUUUAUCUGAAAAGGAAUUCUUAGUAAACUUACUUCUGCAGCUGUUAGAGUACUCGGCGCAGCGGGACUUUAACGCUAAAAAGUUAGCUUGCGUUUUAGCGAUCUAUUUAAAAACUCAUUUAUAUUUCAAACGUUAUUUCUGGACCGCGCCCACGGCCGUUUGGGAAUAUUUUAAAGAAACACUGAUUCGUCAUACCAUAGAGGAUUCUCCAGAUGGAUGUGAAGUGUUUGCGCCUGAUGAGAGUUACGACAUAUUGACACAUUUCCAUACACUGUAUUUGACCAACAUUCCAUUGAUUCAUAUACUAUGUUUUGGUGUCUACAGGUUGAAAUUUACUUGGCCAUUUUAAACAUUUAUUUACUAUACGAAAUUUUGUUUAUUCUUAAUAAAAACACUGUCUGAACCAA